GUUUCGCCCGCCGGAUGCACGGAUCUUCUCGCGAGAGGAGGGAAAAGGCUCAGAAUUUGAAACAUGGCGGACGAUGUGGACCAGCAACAAACUACCAACACAGUAGAGGAGCCUCUGGAUCUCAUUAGGCUCAGCUUGGAUGAACGCAUUUAUGUGAAAAUGCGAAAUGACCGAGAGCUUCGAGGAAGAUUGCAUGCUUAUGAUCAGCAUUUAAAUAUGAUACUGGGAGAUGUGGAAGAAACUGUGACUACUAUAGAAAUUGAUGAAGAGACAUAUGAAGAGAUAUAUAAAUCAACAAAACGGAAUAUUCCAAUGCUCUUUGUGCGGGGUGACGGUGUUGUGCUAGUGGCCCCUCCGCUGAGAGUUGGCUGAAACCAAGAAUCUGUUCAGAGGGAAGAGAGGAGCCUCCUGAAUGGAGGCUGUGUUCCGAAGAGAAACCUACGUAAACUUUGAUGCUCAGAAGUAACCAAGGAUUGAUUCAUCCUUUCCUGAAAUAAGUUGGUUUGCCGCUCUAAACUAAAUGACAUUUUAAUUUUUAUCCCACCCUUCCAAUAAAUGUAAUCACAAAAAUGCAGUUUUUUUAGCAAAUAAUUUUGGAUUUUUUUUUCUUUAAAAUAAAUGUUUCUUUUCUUAUUUUAAUUUUUAAAAAUCUGGUUUCUUGUGAAUUCAUUAAGCAUGUUCACUUAGUGCAAGUAGCUUUGUGAGGCUCCUGGGACGUGUACUGUUGUCAGUAUGCUUUCUGCGCUCAAGACUCCUGGGAGGGCAUUACUUAAACCAACCGCUGCAGGCCAGUGAGGCCAGUGGUGGGGGAUAAUACAUCAAAGACAGUAGUAUAAAGCAGAAUACCUGAAGCAGAUCUGAGUGGACAGACGUGGAUAAGUGCUGGUAGCAACAUGUCACUGUUGACACUAACAUUUGUACUAGGGAAUAAAGAGCAAUUUCUGUU